AUGUUAUCACUACCGCAGGAGCAAGCCGACCAAUCAGGUCACGCGAAAGGCCAUCGCAGAACUCGCUCCGCAGCAGAUUCCGCGUUCUUCGGGAGCCUCAAUUCCGCCAGUGCGCUCCGCUCCUCUGGUGCGCGCGAGGGGCCGCGGAACAGCGAUGAUGGCGCGGGGAGCAGCGGAAGCGAGAUGGCCGUGCGCAGCCGGAGGCAUGCCCUUUCGACACUGUCCGCGCGGGAGCGCGAGGCUCCUGGCGGUCGAGAAACAGACGCGCAGCGGCGGCGCAGUCACGAACACCAGCCGCCGUCGAGAAUGACCGUCGCCGGCUCGAGGGACGGCGCACACGAGGGUUCAGGCGCAUCCCGUCCCGGCGGGGGGGCUGCUUUCGGCCCGCAUCCGGGCAGAGAGCCGCGCCCGUCCUCCAGCGGGGCUGGCUCGUUAGCAGCACGCAGACAGCGCAGACUGUCCCCGUUACAAGCCUCAGGGCAGCUCACGGGUCCGCUUGUCAAUCCUGAAGCCGUGGCCUCCCCGCAGCUGCCACCGCGCGCAGGCGGGGGGACGUCAGGGGCGGGAGGAGUUAGGGUUUCCGCGCGGGAAGGGGCGGGCGGUGGACUGUGGUCGCCGCAGGAGCAGGCAAGCGGGGGCCAUGGCAGGGGGGGCAGUGGCGGGGCGGCGGCAGGGGCGGCGGGAGCAGCUGAAAUGCUGGCAGGAGCUGGAAUUCCUAGGGGAUCGUCGAUAACUGCGAGCUCACCUAGGCACAGGCUCUCUAGAGGAAGCAGUGGGGGCAGUAGCACAGGCGCCGCCCUCCCCCCCCUGUCCCCUCAGGUUCAGCAGGUGAUGCAGCAAGCAGCACGGACAUGCAGGGCAGCAGCAGGGAUCGCAGCAGAGCAGCGGGUGGAAGCGGUGGUGCAGCUGAGAGCAGCAGUGAAGGAGAGCUGUGAGAACAGGCAGCGGCUGCUGGAGCGAGAAGACGGGGUGCCCAUCCUUCUCGACUUUCUCGAUGAGGCCGUUGCUGCUCUGGGCGGAGGGGGAGGGAGGGCGGCAGGGCGGGAGGGGCGGGGGCGGGGAGUGAUGGAUCCUGCGCUGGUGGUGGACUGUGCAGUGGCCGUGGUGCUGCAGCUGUGCCAGUCACGCGAUGGCGCAGCCGAGUUCAUCGAUGUGGGUGGCGUGCCGUCCCUUGUGGAUGUGCUCUCUCACACCGGGCCAGCCGGCACGGCAGGAGCGGGGGCAGGAGCAGGAGCGUCAGCAGGGGGGACGUCAGGCAUUUCGAGCAUGGUGAAGGGGAAUGCAGCCGCGGCGCUGUUUGCGCUUUCCUCGUGGGACGACGUGAUGGACGAAUCUGCGAAUGCCAGCAGGAAUGGGAACGGUGCUGGCCCGAGUAGGAACAUUCACAAGACUAAGAUCCAAGCUGCAGGAGCCAUCCCCUCGCUUGUCCGCUUGCUCACGAAUGAGACCGCAAGGUGCAGAAAAGACGCAGGGCUUGCCCUCUUCUCCCUCUCGCAGGACCUGUCGUGUGCGAAUGAGAUCGUGAGGGAAGGCGCUGUGAGCAUUCUAGUGGAUCUUCUGGGGGAUAAGAGGCCAGGGGUUGAGGAGAAAGCCAUGGCUGUGCUGGCCAAUCUUGCGAGGACACGUGGCGGGCAAGAGGCGCUGUUGGCAGUGGAAGGGACCCUUGUGAUAUCGGAUGUGCUGGAGAGUGAGUCUGAGAGGGCGCGGGAGGAGGCGCUGUGGACGCUGCACCAUCUGGUUACCACAGGGGUUGUGGCGCCUGCGGUGCUGCUGAAUGAUGGGGCGCUGUUUCCGAUUGCGAAGCUGGCUUGCAAGAAAGGGGCUCUUGCAGAGGCCAAGGAGCUGCACCGGAUCUUGAUGACUGCAAGAAAAGGGGGCAGUGAGCAAUGA